AUGGCAGCGUGGGAGCUGGCUUCCAACGGAUUGGGAGUACCGACAGAUGAAUGUGGCAUCCUAACCCAGCUGUAUCUGAACAGCAGCGCGCACGCGCAGGAGGCCGCGUGCUCUGCUCUGCUGCAGCUGCCGCAGCCCGCCGCUGAGCGCUUCCUCAUACAGGUUGUGUACCUGGCAGUAGCGCGCCCCUCCACCUGCCUGGAGCGCGCCGUGGUGGAGCUCUGCCGGACGUCGCUGGGACUCGCGCUGAAGGUGGCGUGGCUGCUGCUGGCGCUGCACCUGGACCAGCCCAGCAACCGCCACCUGGCGUUGUUCAGGGAGAAAGUGGAGUGCGCGGCGCUGGACGGCAGAUGGCCCCUGCCGAUAUGGGACCUGACGCGACACCUGCUGGCGCCGGGCGCCGAGCUCAGCGCAGCGGCGGCGGCGGCGUCAUCCUCCCUGGGGGAUUCCUUUGUGGCGGUGCCGCCCAGCAGCAUCGGAGCCAGGCUCGGCUCGUCGGGCGGCAUCGGGCGCUUCCGCGCGUCGUUCGAGGGCCGCAGGGGCGGCGGCGGCAGCGCCGGCGGCGCGAGCUUGAGCGACGGGCAGCAGCACCACCAGCAGCAGCAGCACCCGCAGCAGAAGCAGCGUCAUCAUGCACCAGGGGUCACGCAACCGCUGCUUGAGAGCGAGCGCCGCGCUGUCGUGGGGCGCAGAGGUGAGGGGAGGGAGGAGAGCGAGGGCGAGGAUCUGGCCCCGCGCGAUCUGGAGCCGCUGGAGGAGUUUGAACGCCGGCUGGGACAGCUGCAUGACGACCUGGGCGACGGGGAGGGCGUCACCGCCCUCAUGCGCGCGAGCCGGCAGGCCGAGGAGGCGGCCAUCGCCCUUGACAGCUUCAGCGGCGGCGGGCGCACGCCGGCGCAGGCGCCGCCUCGGAGCGUGGGCGGCAGCGACGUCGGCGGCCGCGCAGCGGCCGCGGCGGCCGGGGCCCCGUGGUUGGUCGCUGACGAGGCGGAAGACACGCGGCUGCUGUCGCUGUCUGGGCUGCUGGCCGCGCAGCCGGCCGGAAUGGAGGGGCGGCUGCGGCGCGACCUGUUUGGGGCGAGCAUGGACUUUGUGGCGGCGCUGUGCGAGGCGUCGCGAUGCCUGACGCGCUUCCAACAGGCGGAGCGGAUGCCCGUCCUGCGCCGCUGCCUGCGCCGCAUCAGCAACGAGGUGGAGGCGGCGGCGGCGCAGCAGGUGCCUGUCCUGCUGCCGAUCGGCGGCGGCGGCGGCGGCCCGGCGGAGCGCGUGGUCCGGCUGUGCGCUGACGAGGCUGUCAUCUUCAACAGCGCCGAAAAGGUGAUAUGA